AAGCCGGCAGGGCAGCGCAGCGCAGCGCGCGGGUUGUACCUGCUCUGCCUGCCUGGGGAGUGGGGAGGCGACCGCUGACCCAGCCAGCUAACCAACCACUGCUCCGCUGCCCUGGUCGUCUACCUCCCUUUCCUCUCCUCGCUCCCUCGAUCCAGUUCCCCUCUCUUUCACUCGUUAGGAAAGGAAAUAGCCGGAUCGAUCCGCUGCUGCUGCUGCUGCUGCUGCUAAAGGGCAAAGGGAAGAACAGCAAUUGCUUAAUUGGAGUCGGUAACAUAUGAUGAGAUGGGGGAACAGUGGGCAGGCCGCGGAUUCCUUCUACCAGGUCCGCCCGGAUUGCAGCCAAAACGUCCCCAGCACCAAGUUCAAGAUCAAGGCCGGCAAGACAUUGAGCGUGCGGAAAUGGCACGCUGCGUUUACGCGUGAAGGCUGCUUGGACAUCGCUUCUGUUCUAAGCCGCAUACAGAGAGGGGGUGUCCACCCUGCCAUCAGGGGGGAGGUUUGGGAGUUCUUGCUUGGCUGCUAUGAUCCUGGGAGCACCUUCGAUGAGCGGGACCAGAUUAGGCACAGGAGAAGGAUGCAGUAUGCUAGAUGGAAGGAAGAGUGCCGAGAGAUGGAUUCUCACGUUGGCAGUGGUAAAAUUAUCACUGCCCCAAUCAUCACUGAGGAUGGAUUCCCUAUCAAUGAUCCAUUGGUUUUACUCGAGGCUACGCAAGGUACUUCCAGCAGCAGCAGCAGCAGCAGCACCAGAGUUGAGGUCAGCGACUCCACGAACCGUGUCACUGAUAGGCAAAUCGUUGACUGGAAGCUUACGCUGCAUCAGAUCGGAAGCUGCAUGAUAGGCCUUGAUGUUCUACGCACUGACCGCUCCAUGGUAUUUUAUGAGAACAAAGAAAAUCUUCAAAAGUUGUGGGAUAUUCUAGCUGUAUAUGCAUGGAUUGACAAAGAAGUCGGUUAUUGCCAAGGAAUGAGUGAUUUAUGUUCGCCCAUGAUAGUACUGCUGAACGAUGAAGCAGAUGCAUUUUGGUGCUUUGAGAGGUUGAUGCGUAGGCUGAGAGGGAAUUUCAGAUGCACACAGCAGUCUGUUGGAGUGGAAAACCAGCUUCAGCAUCUUGCUUCUAUCAUUCAGGUGCUCGACCCGAAGUUACAUGACCACCUAGAAACACUUGGUGGGGGUGACUAUCUCUUUGCAUUUCGCAUGUUCAUGGUAUUGUUCCGGCGAGAACUAUCGUUUGGGGACUCCUUGUACCUUUGGGAGGUUCCCUAUUACCUUGCGGAAAUGACCGAAAAGAUAGCACAGGAGGAUCGGAUCCCAGUUCUUAAGGCGUCACAAGACCACUUGAAGGAGUUCAUUGCUCUAUGUGAAGUACUAGAGCUAAUUCCAGAGGAUGAGCUAGAAUUGUCUAGGCAGAAGCAGCCUGAUACUAUGGCAAACAGAAGAACGCAGAAGGUUGCCCGGUUCAAACGUCAAAAGGCUGCUGAAACGAAGCUCCAAGAGAUCAGAGAGAGAAAAGAAAGGCGUGGACGCUCACUGAGAGCAGCUGCUUUAUCUGCCCCAAUUGAAACUGGAGAGGAAGAUGACUUGGAGGAUGAUGGGGAGGAAGAAAGAGAGGCUUGGUUAGCUACCAUCUCCUUGGCUCUCUGCAAGGCGUUUGAUCUUCUCGACAUGCUAAAGAAGGAAGAAGAAAUGCUUCUAGCUGUAAAGGAAAGGAAGGCAAAGGACGGGAAUGCAUUUGCUCGUGAAAUGCUUGAUGAACAGACAAAGAAGGCUGAAGCAUGGCACCAUAAUGCUGCCAAUCGUGUGGCAUAUUCCAAACCAGCUGAUCCAAUCACUUGCGCAACAUUUGCUCAAGAUGUCAUUGAAGGUAGAGCAAGCGUUUCACAAGCUCACGAGCACAAACACCAGCCCCUGAUAUUUGGACCUGCAAAUCUUGUUGGUGGUGGUCUAACCAGUGAAAGGGAAAGAAUGGCAGCACAAGUUUUUCAGCCUAGUUGCAGGAUGCCAACAAUGAGCAUCGAAGAAGCUGGUUUGCGCGAGAUGAAAAUGAUGGAGAAGUGGCAAGACAGGGCUACCAAGACUAUGAAAGAAGCAAACUCCGCGUGGCACAAUGAUGGCACCAGCUCGGCCCAAGAGGACGAGGACGCCAUCAAUUUUGCGCUACUCCCUGAUGAGGCUCUCUUGGCAUCUCAGCUAGAGGGAGACCGGAGAUCCUCUAUUGAGAAGGCCUAUAAUGCGGCACUCCGCGAGGCUGAAAAAAUACACACAGGAAGAAGAACAAAACCCACCGCACGUUGGCCGAAGAAAGUGAUGGAAGUCUUUCAGAUGAUCUAUAUGGCAACAUGUAUGACAAAAGAAGUGCGCUUUAAAAGAGGCGAGGAGAAUUGGGUUGAUGAUCCCAUAGUUCACGAUAUGGCGCUUGAGCUCUUUGCGAGAACGCAAAGAGCAUAUAGCGGCCAACAAUUGCACAACAAAUGGAAAAAUAUGAAACUAGACAAGAUACUCAAAGAAGAAGACCAAAAAUUGGACAUUGAGGGUCCGAACCUUCCUCCUCCUGCAAGUACUCCACCUCCACAGCACUUAGGAUUCACAGCCACGGCAAAUGGCAUGGAGAUUGACACUAGCCAGCCACCAAUUGUUUUCAAGAGUCAGCUGUACACACUUACGGGGGUUCCACCUGAAUGUCAAAAGAUCAUUGGCAAGGGUGGAACAUUGGAGGACAAUGGGAAUUGGUCUGAUUUGGGGGUGAAAGAUGGUCAAAAGUUGAUGAUGAUAGGCACGAAUGCUGCAAUCACCAAAGUACUACAAGAGGAAGUGGAUACCUUGGUGAUUGCAGCUGCAAAUAAUCUAUCCACAAGGGAGUUGAGCAAAUCACUCCAGUUACCAGCAAUAGAGUUUUUGCUGGAGGAGAAUGGUCACAAGAGUGACCUUGAAAUCUUAAGAAAAAAGAUGGAGCAUCUAGAUAUUGAAAACAAGAAGGAUAAAGAUGAACUUCAGCAAGAAAUUGCAAUUUUAAAGAAAAGGCAGAUGGGCUACAUAAAUGAAGUUGAUUUGCUAAAAAAGCAACUUUACACGGCGGAAGCCUUACGCAGCGAUAUGCAUAACCAGCUAAUGGAAUUAAAGGGAAGCAUACGGGUCUUCUGCCGUGUGCGACCCAUUCUUGACAAGAGCAGUAGUGAAGAUGGUGCAAUCUAUUGCUUGGAGAAGGGACAGUUUGUUGGCCGCCGUGUUUAUCUGGAAACAUCAUCAGGGGCUAUAAAAGCUUUUACAUGCGAUCGAGUGUUCCCUCCUGGAGUUUCACAAAAUGAUAUCUUUGUUGAAAUAUCAGGAUUAGUGAAGAGUGCAAUGGAUGGCAAGAAGGUUUGCAUAUUUGCUUAUGGGCAGACAGGCUCUGGUAAACAUUUACCAUGUUAGGUGAUGAUGGAGAUGAUGUAAAGGGGGUGAUCCCACGCGCUGUGGAGGAAAUUUUUG